AUGGUACCCAUCAAUCAAAGGGACCAAUGUCUUCAGGCAUUUGCCGAGUCCGUUUUCCUACGAGACCCUGAGAUUAUAGCGGGCCAUGGUAAAGCUUACUCCAGUAUACUCUUUUUAGCUUCAUUUUUCGGACGGUAUACUUAUGCUAUUCAUAUCGGUAACAUUAUAAUUUUACUCAGUCGAACCUCAUCAUUAACACUCUAUGGUUAUAGACGUUACUGCGUGAAUAUGGAUACAAUUUCGCAAAUUAUAGUUCCAGAAACUGCAAGUGAAAAACAAUUAUAUGGUGCGCGAAGGAAACAUAUGAUAAAGGGAGAUGCAAUGAACGCAGAAUGGGCAAGAUUUCAAUCAUACGCAAACUUUCCGAGGGAGUCAGUUGCUAGACCAUUACGGUUGGCUAAUGCAGGAUUCUAUUACAGUGGAUCAGGAGAAGAAGUUGUAUGUUUUUGUUGUGGGCUGAGAACUGGUGUUUGGACAGAGGAUGAGACACCAUUAGAUGUUCAUCAGCGCCUUUCUCCACAUUGUAGGUUUAUUUGUGGUGAAGAAACUACUGAUGUUGCCAUAAAUGGAGAAAAUAGGCUGAAAUCAGUUACAAAUUGUUCAAAAGCUUCAGAUUUAACCAAUGACAAUAAAAGACCAGUAACUAAAACAGUGUUGCAGCAAUCAGAAAACAAUUCGGGACUCAAUACAUGUCAGCCUACCGAUCAGCCUGCCGAACAUGCUUCGAUUGAGACACCUACACAAUCUUACCAAACUCAUAAUAAAAGAACAACUAAUUUACCCGCUGCUAUGAAUGGACAAAUUGAACGUUAUCCAGGAGUAACAGGUUCAAAACCUAAACAUCCCGACUAUGCUAUGUUCAGUGCACGACAUAGGUCAUUUUCAAUGUGGCCGGAAAACCAUGAAAUAGACCCAGCAAUUUUAUCGCAAGCAGGAUUCUACUUUGCAGGAAUGGGGGAUUGUGUUCGGUGUUUUUUCUGUGGCGGAGGAAUGAAGAAUUGGGAAGGCGAAGACAACCCAUGGGUCGAGCAUGCAAGAUGGUUCCCAGAUUGUGAAUAUGUAAAACUCUGCAAGGGCAACUCAUUCUCCAACAUUUGCAAUUCUGCAAAGCUCUCUGAUAAUGCCGUAAUAAAUGAGUCUCAACAACAUGUUGAAAAUAUUCCUGAUGAUCAGACCAUACUGGAUAUCAACUGUGUCGCCGCCAAACUUGUUUUAGCCAUGGACUAUACUCAACAUGAUGUUGAAAACGGUCUUAUGUCAGCUCGUAAAAAAUAUGGUUCUUCCGAGAUGAAAGCACAAUACAUUAUUGAAUAUUUACAAGAGAUAAACAAAGAAGUGCCGAAUAAGCAACAAACAGUCAGUGGAAAACCCGAAAUUACUGAACACGAAAGUAACGUUGCCUCCGGUGGAACCAGCAGUAAUCUAUAUAAAACAGUCAAUGACGUCACUGUUAAAGAUACUAACACGAGAAUUAAAUCAGAGAUGAAACAUUUACUUGAAGAAAACCGAAGAUUGAAGGCUCUGAUGACAUGUAAAAUUUGUUUGGACAAAGAGGCAGUUGUGGCCUUUCUUCCUUGUGGGCAUUUAACAACUUGUGAAGAGUGUGCAAAGCCUCUGAAAAAAUGUGCCAUUUGUCGAAAAGAUGUUGCAGCGACAGUAACGUGUAUCAGGCAUAAACGGAUCAGUUCUCGGAUGGUAAACCAGUGCAAUCCUGGCAUCGAUUCUAAAUCUUGAAAGAAAAGUGACACAUAUCAAGUUUCGCUCACAGAGACUGUGAGAAAGUGGUUCGUGACGGGGAGGUACGUACUUGGUUCAAGUAGGAGAUCGUGUGUAUAUAUAGCGGGAGAGACAAAGUAGAGAGAAAAAGAAUCCAACGAAGAUCAUAAAACAUUCAGUUAUGUGUGAAUGAAAGAAACUGAAUAUGAUAUUAAUUUUAUAGAAGUUUUUUGCAAAGAAUAUGUUUUACAAUGGAAGGCAGCUAGCAAAGAAACUGAUUGACUCUUUACACCAAUCAGUAUUAUUU